UUGGCCUGCCCUACAGGAUUCAGACACACUCCUGUGCACCAACCAUGGGACUGGAACGAAUUCCCGACCGGCUGACCACCGUGGCCUAUGGGCUCCUGCUUCUCCUCCAGGUUCAGGGCCAGGACUCAGCCAGUCCCAUCAGGACUACACACACAGGCCAGAUACGAGGCAGUCUCAUCCACAUGAAGGACCUUGAUGUGGGUGUCCACACCUUCCUGGGAAUUCCCUUUGCCAAGCCACCUACAGGACCACUGCGCUUUGUACCCCCUGAGCCACCUGAACCGUGGAGUGGUGUGAGAGAUGGGACCUCCUAUCCGGCCAUAUGUUUGCAGGACAUCACUGCAAUGAAUAUGCAGGCUCUUAAGCUGUUGAAGCUGACCUUGCCUCCCAUCCCCAUGUCUGAGGACUGCCUGUACCUUAACGUCUAUACCCCAGCUCAUGCCCAUGAGGGUUCCAACUUGCCUGUGAUGGUGUGGAUCCAUGGUGGUGCACUGGUUAUAGGCAUGGCUUCCUUGUAUGAUGGAUCCAUGCUGGCAGCCAUGGAGGAUGUGGUGGUGGUCACUAUCCAGUACCGCCUGGGUGUCCUGGGCUUCUUCAGCACUGGAGACCAGCACGCCAGAGGCAACUGGGGCUACCUGGACCAAGUGGCCGCCCUACGCUGGGUCCAGCAGAACAUCGCCCACUUUGGAGGCAACCCUGACCAAGUCACUAUUUUUGGCGAGUCAGCAGGUGGCACAAGUGUGUCUUCACAUGUUGUGUCCCCAUUGUCCAAAGGACUCUUCCAUAGAGCCAUCAUGGAGAGUGGGGUAGCCCUGAUUCCAAGCCUCAUCUCAAAAUCCUCUGAAGUAGUCUAUAGAAUGGUUGCCAACCUGUCUGGAUGUGAGCAGGUGGACUCAGAGGCCCUGGUGAACUGUCUACGAGACAAGAGUGAAGAGGAGAUUAUGGCUAUUAACAAGGCCUUCAAGAUCAUCCCUGGCACAGUGGAUGGCAUCUUCUUGCCCAGGCAUCCCAAGGAGCUGCUUGCUUCCGCUGACUUCCAAUCUGUCUCCAGCAUUAUUGGUGUCAAUAACGAUGAGUAUGGCUGGAUCAUCCCUUCGAGCAUGAGCACCACUGACCCCCAGAAAGAAAUGGACAGACAGACCGUGCAAGCUCUCCUGCAGAGAAGGGCAGCACAGAUGAUGUGGCCUCCUGAAUUCAGUGACCUGCUGAUGGAGGAGUACAUGGGGGACAAUGAGGACCCUCAGCUUCUCCAAGUGCAGUUCAAGGAGAUGAUGGAAGACUUCACCUUUGUGAUCCCUGCACUGCAAGUAGCACAUUUUCAACGUUCCCAUGCCCCUGUCUACUUCUAUGAGUUCCAGCAUCGGCCAAACUUCUUCAAGGACUCCAAGCCACCCAAUGUGAAGGCUGACCAUGGUGAUGAGAUUCUUUUUAUCUUCAGAUCAUUUUGGGGAGGCACUCAAGUUGACCUCACUGAGGAGGAGGAGCUUCUGAGCAGGAUGAUGAUGAAGUACUGGGCCAACUUUGCACGACAUGGGAAUCCCAACAGUGAAGGCCUGCCCCACUGGCCCGUGUUUGACCAUGAUGAGCAGUACCUGCAGCUGGACAUCCAGCCUGUUGUGGGCCGAGCCCUGAGGACCAGAAGGCUGCAGUUCUGGACCAAGACUCUGCCUCAAAAGAUGCACGAAUUAAAAGAGGUUGAGGGCAGGCAUGCAGAGCUGUAGCACUCUGUGUCAAGUUGCAGUUUGUCCUGAGUGCAGGUGGGGUUAUUCUGACACCUGAAGAGGAGAUAGAGGGGAUCCACACUUUUACAUAGUCAUUAGGUUCAUAUACCCAACAAUUAUGACAUCUCCUCUGCAUGGUAUAUGUUCCCUGCUACGCCUGAUACGGAUCACUUCUGUUACACACAUCAAACAUACAGGAGGCUAUGGAUGGAUGGGUGAGUCCCAAUAGACAAUACUUUCCUCCUUGCUACAGUAGGCAAGGGUCCCUCCCUCUCUCCCUUACUUCACCUCCACCCACCUCCUUUCCUCUCCUCUUACUCCUCAGGCCUUCCACUACUAGUGAUGUACCUUAGGGAGGAUUUCAGUAACCUGGGUGACUGAAUUUCUUUUUCACAUCUCAGCAAGAUCCUGUCCUCUAAUAGUAGGGACAAGUUUUAACUAAAGCCCCAAGAGUUAAUUCUGGGACUAUCGCACAAUUAUCACAGUGGAGUAGGUUCAACACAACAGAAAUUCAUUGCUGUCUGUUCUGGAAGCUAAAAGCUCUGGUGAUGGUGGCACCCAAUUUGAUAUCUAAGAAGGAAUUACUUUCUGACUUGUGGUUAGCCCUUUGCCCUUCCCACCAUAAGCCAGCAAACAAGUUCCCGUAGGCCUCAUUCAUACAAACAAGUUCCCACAGGCUCCAUUCAUACAAAAGUUCCUACAGGCCCCAUUCAAACAAGCUCCAUAUUAGCCUGUCUUCUAUUGUUAUAACAAAAGAUCUGAACCAGUAACUUACAAAAAGUUUCUGAGCUAGCAAGAUGACUCAGCAGUUAAGGGCACAUGCCAUCGAGCCUGACGACAUGAAUUUGAUUCACAGGACCCACAUGGUAGAAGGAGAGAACUGACUUCCCACAUUGUCCUCUGACCAUCACAUAUGUUCUAGGGCUCUAUGGUACACACACACACACACACACACACACACACACACACACACACACACACACACGAAUAAAUGUAAAAAAACUAAACAAUAAAAUACUUUUUAAGAAAAAAAGACUUUCUUUAAACUCAGUUUUAAGACAGAAAACUCUAAGAUUGGGUACCUUCACCUAAUGGGACACUGAUGAAAACACACUGGACUGCCUCUCCAGAUAGCAGAGAGCCCAAAGGUGGGGGAGAGUGGGAGGAGGAA